AUGAACUCCCAGAGCACCUCCGAGCCCGGGACAAACGCAUCUCCCGGAGGAAGAAGAGCUGGCUCUCGCCUAGCUGCCCGCUCCUUCCCUCGCACCUUCUUUUCCCAGAGUCUCUGGGCGCCGGCGCCUCCCAGGCAGCGUGUUUCCGCUAGAGGCUGGCGUCUUGGAGCUAGCUGGUCAAGACACAGUACUCACACAGGCAACACUUCUUGUGGGCGGUCUGAAAUCUUAGCUGUGUUGGAGACGUUCAGUGCACGUUAUAAACAAUCACUUAAACCCUCCGACUCUGAGCCUCCCGCAGAGAAGUGCAGAAUGACGCCACUGCACGCGGGACGUGAUGUCACUGAGAUGCGCAGAACACUCAUUCAAUAAACAUUUACUAAGCAUCUAGUAGAUUUAUAA